AUGUACAUUCAGAGCGACACCGAUUUGCUGGACCAUGAUAGGUGGCGCGAGAUCGUGGCCAAAUCUUUCGUGGAAAUGCAAUAUGGUGAAUUCAUUAGCCGGCACUGCUCUGCGUUGUGGCUGGAGAAAAACUUGGCAGCGGUUCUCGAAAGGGGUUCAGAAAUCAUGAGGCACGUCGCUUCUCUGCCGACCAAGAAUCUUGGAUCAUCACGGAACGGGUCCGACUCGGCCUCGGCGGGAACAGGGCUAGGAAAGGGCGACGCCUUUACCAUCACUUUGGACCAGGACGGUUCGAGAUCGACCAAGACGGGGGAAUGUCUGCUGAAACUGGAUCGGGUCCGAGUCAACGAUUUUCCCACGGAAGUUUCAGCAGACAUCAUCAUCCAAUCAUCUAUUUCAGGCACAAGGAAGUACGCCGCGACCAUGUCAAUGGCGUCUCAGACGUCUGUCAUGUCCGCAACUCAUCGAAUAGGCGAUCGAAGCGACCCAAGCCACGUUUGCUUACCAUUCUCCGGCCAAUUUGCUGAAUUGGUUGUGGACGAGGGAGAUAUCGUACGAGAGAAUGAUUUAUUGUGCGUGGUGAAGCAGAUGAAGAUGGAACUGGAAGUUCGAGCCCCAUAUGCUGGAGUCGUGACAUGGGUGCGUGAUGUCGAAGAAGGGGAGACGGUGAAUGAGGGUGUUCUCAUAUGCACACUUCGUCGUGCAGAGACUGAACCCAAAAGGAACGUCCGGCCAGAAAUUUCGCCGAAAAUAUGA